UGUUACUAGGAGCGAGGAAGGCAACCUGAGUUGAAGAAGAGCGACGUUUUGUGGUGGCGACAUGGUCGCGAACGAUGCUGAUUUGUGGGUUCCUCGAGCUACAGACCGGGAGAAUGAGAAGGAUGAAAUCCCGAAUUAUGAACAUGCAGACUAUUUUACGGUUAAAGUUUAUCAUGGAGGGUGCUUGAGGCAGGGCACAUAUGUUGCUGGAAAGGUGGAUUACUUUGAUAACGUAGACAAGGACAAGAUGUCCCUUGUAGAGGUUGACAACAUGGCUAAGCAACUGAAUCCGGGAUAUGAACACCAAAGAAUCGAUUACUGGUAUAGGUGUGGGGAUGAAACUGAUGAGUUGAUGAAAUUGGAAACAGAUGCAGACGUGAUGGUUAUGUGUACAGCUAUUCCCCAUUGGCGGUUGAUCAUACUUUAUUUGGACCACAUGGAGCUUAAAGGGGUGUUUGGGGAAGAGGAUGAGGAUUGCUUCAUAUUUGAAGAUUUCUUUUUCAGUCAAAAAGGUAGCUGUGGGGUGGUCAUAGAAGAAUUACCGGAUGAACCAAGGAAAAAGCCAGGUGUGGUGAUUAAGGAGAUAUCAAAUGAACCAAUACCAAGAAGAAGCAAGGGAAUUGAGAUCAGAGAGGUUGACCAAGACCAUGUACCAACUCAAGCAAGCACAGCUUGUGGUCUUAAUCCAAAGGACAAGGGAAAACAGAAGCUGUUGGAGUAUACUUCAAGUGGUAAGCAAGGGUCAACUGGAGGGAAAGUCACAAGUGGUGGAGGGCAGUUUAGCGUCCAAAGGCAAUCUAGUGUGCAAGGGCAGUCUAGUGUGCAGGGGCUGUCUAGUGGUGUAGAGAAUGAAAGUUCAGGUCUUCAUGAUGUAAAUAUCGAUUACUUCAAUGCUAUUCAGACCUUUGGUGGAUUGGAAGGGGUUUCUGAUGAUGGGGGCAGUGAGGAAGGGGUUUUUGAUGAAGAUGACAGUGAGGAAGUCAGUUCUGGUGAAGAUGGCAGUGAGGAUGAUGACUAUGACCCGCAGGCCAAUGAUGAGGAGUAUGAACAGUAUGGUGAUGAGGACAAUGAGGAUUGGAUGGAAGGAGUUGUGCAUGAAGAAGCUACACAAAGAGCACCUAAGGCUGGUGUAAAGUUUACUAGUAGUCAAAGGGAAAGUGAGCAAGAAAAUGUGACUGAGUUUGAAGAUAAUGAGGCCAUGUUUGGUUUUCAAGAUUCUGAUGAUGAGAAUUUGGGUUUUACCAUAAAUUCCGAUGGGGAGCUUGAAGAUGAAGGACUGGAAUUCAAUCCCAAAUCCGACAUGAAGAAACCAGAAUUUAAACUAAAACAGAAGUUUGCCACAGUUCAAGUAUUGAGAGAUGCAUUGAGGGAGCAUGCUAUUCAAGGUGGAUGGGAAUAUAUCUUCAUCAAGAAUGAUAAGACAAGGCUGCGGGUUGUAUGCAAGGAGGACAAUUGUCCCUUCUUUCUGUUUGCUUCCAAAAUGCAGCAUGAGAGCACUCUCAUGAUCAAGGGAUAUGAUGGUACACACAAGUGCACAAGAAAAUUUAACAAUAGCAUGGUGAAGCUUAGAUAUUUGACAGCAAAGUUUAAGGACCAUAUUGUGGUUAAUGAAAGUGUGAAGCCAGGUAUGAAAGUUCAAAGUCUAAAUGUGUUGUCCAUUUGUGUUGGUUAA